GUCACGCGGUAUCUGACCGGCGUCGUUUCAUUGUUUGCGUUGUGAAAUUCGCGCAAUUGAAAUUGUCGAACAAAUUACAUUUAACAAUGAGCACAUGGAAUCCCGAUCAGGAUGUUGAGCUAACCGACUCCGAGGAUGAGAUUGCAAUGAAACGCGAUUUUAAUGGACGCGAAGCAAUACUUUUUGUUGUAGACGCGAAUCUAGAGACAGAACGCUUCAUGGACGCGCUUAAGCUAAUACGUGGUGCUUUCAUCUCCGGCAUGCUGGUAAACGGCAAGGACCUAAUGGGCCUUAUCUUCGCCAACACCAAGUACAGUCCCCCUCCGAAGGAGAUACAAUGCCUGGAGAAUAUAACGGUAUCGGCGAACUGCGCUGUGUUCCUGCCGUUGCGCCAGUUGACAAAGGCCAUAGUGGAGCACUUUAUGGAUUUCAUGCAGCAGGCCGAGGAGCUGUUCCCCAAGGAAUACGGCCUGGCCGAGCCCGAUGGUCGGGGCAGCUUUGCGCAGAUGAUCCGUCUGUGCAUCGAGAUGCUGGAGAAAUGUGGAAAGAAGCUGAACAAUGCAAAGAUCGUGUACAUCACGGACGUGGAAGAGCCGCAUUCCCCGUCCAGCCCAGAGUUUCAAAGGGCACUACAAAAGGCCAGCGAUCUGGAUGGCAAAGAGUUUGAAUUUCAGGUGAUUCCCAUGAUCGAUGACUUUGACUAUGAGCCCUUCUAUAAGGAAUUCAUAACGCUGUCGAGAGCCAUCGAAUUAGACGCAUUCCGCGUGCCGGACGCGCAGCUGCAGCGCGAGAUUCUGGAGGAUCGCAAGUUGCGGCAAGAUUUUCUGCGUCGCUGCCUGGGUCACUUUACGCUUUCGCUGGGCCCCAAUCUAUCUUUAUCGGCGCAGUAUUACAACUACUUCCAACGCCGCGCUUAUCCACAGAAGGUGCACAUCAUGCGACGCGAUAAUAGCGUCGUCCGUAAACGGCGGCAGAUUAUGGUGCGCCAGCUGGAUGGGGAGACUGAGGAGAUAACGCAUGAGUAUCAAAUCAAGAUGACGGGCGGCUGGCACGAGUGUAAGAUAGGCGACGAGGUGAUUCGUGUUACCACCGAGCAGCUGAAUCGCGUACGCAAUCUGCAUCCGCCUGGAAUGAUGCUGCUGGGCUUCAAGCAUCGCUCCGCGCUGCCUGCUAAUAUAUACAGCAAGCCGUGCAACUUUAUGUACCCGGACGAUCAGAAUAUCAUUGGUUCUAAGCGCCUGUUUCGCGCACUGUGGCAGCGUUGUCUGGAGCGCGAGAAGAUUGCGAUUUGUCUUUUCAUGUGCAAGCGCAAGUCCGUGCCACGCUAUGUGGCGCUGCUGCCCGUGGAGGCGGCCCAGCCGGAUGACAAGAACUAUCGCUCGCUGCUGUCGGGAGAUGGCUUUAAGAUCGUCUACUUGCCGGAGGCCAAGCAUAUACGGCACAUAGACAUGUGCGACUGGAACAGCACGGGCAACACAUCAACGGAUGAAGGGGUUGGCUUUUUCCAGAAAGUGAUCCGGAAGCUGAGCGUUGACUAUCAGCCAAAUCUCAUCAACGAUCCCAAUCUGGAGGUGCUGCAGUCCAAUCUGCUGGCUCUUGCCUUGGACUUCAAGACCGAGGACGAUGGUCUCAGCCAGCUGCCCGAUCCUGCGAUGCAGAACAAGCGCAUCGAAAAGCUGCUGCCCGCCUACGAGACAUUGUUUGAAGCCGAAAUAGAACCGGCUAAAAAGCGUGCGGCCAGUUCCAACUCCAACGAGGGCAGUGCGCCAAAAAUAGCUAAGAUUGAGGAGGCUCAACUCAAAAGCUACGACUUCGUGGAGGAACUGAUCAAGGAUAAGCGGCUGGGGGCUUGCACCGCCCAGCAACUGCGCUACAUACUCGAUGAACAUUUCGGCGUAAAGCCAGCCAAAUCCAGUACCAAAGCUGCUCUCAUCGAACGCAUCGAGUCGUUGAGCGAAUAAUCUUCUGUGAGUUGAUGUUAAAUGGUCAAAGGUGAUCGUAGAAGUGUCAUAUGUUACUAGUAUUAAGGAUUGUUGAAUUACAACACAAACAGUGAAUGCAUUGUUACAAGCAUGAAGCACAGCAAGCUGUGAAACCAAUAAAGUUGAUCAGAUUUAUAUUUAUUGAAAUGCAACCUAC